UGCUUCCGGGUUAGUAAGCCCGACCCUCCUCUUCAGCGGCUGGUUGGCCCCGCCUCUUCCGGGGAGGGAUACUCUAUGGUUUCCUAGCGUCCGGAAGUUCUCCUUUCCUUUUUCCGGCGCGGCCUCCAUUGCACAGCAACAGCUACAGCAGCCAUGGCGGUCCGCUACCCGAUGGCCGUGGGCCUGAACAAAGGCCACAAGGUGACCAAGAACGUCUCGAAGCCGCGCCAGUGCCGACGCCGAGGGCGCCUGACCAAACACACCAAGUUUGUCCGGGACAUGAUCCGGGAAGUGUGUGGCUUUGCACCUUAUGAGAGAAGGGCCAUGGAAUUGCUCAAAGUCUCCAAGGACAAGCGGGCACUGAAGUUUAUAAAGAAAAGGGUGGGGACUCACAUCCGGGCCAAGAGGAAGCGUGAAGAACUCAGCAAUGUCCUGGCGGCCAUGAGGAAGGCAGCAGCCAAGAAGGACUGAGCUGCCUUGUCCUCCUCUCUGUCCCAAUAAAGCUUCUUUAAGACAUUC